AUGACCUAUACUGCCUUAGACUCGGAGCUGUGGGGUUUACGUUCCUCUGGAGGUGCCCGUACACUUAAGGAAAGAGUGUAUAGACACCCCGACUUUAUGCAAUUUGUUUUUCCCUCGCGAGGAUGCCAAACCCUCAACAGGAGGAAACACAACGGCCUUAUGGAUGUAUACUCUACACCCCCUCCACGAGGUUGGAAGACAGACGAGUGUUUUGUCUGCACUGAAGAAACGGCUCGCAUUAUCUUUUACCAGGUUGCGCGCGCGGUUUCGAGUCUACAUUCUUUGGGGAUUUUCCAUUUAGAUUUAAAGGCAGAAAAUAUUGCUGUUUCUCCUUUUUGCUGCCGCAUGCUGCGGCCAUUAAACUGCAGCAGCAGCAGCAACAACAGUAGUAGCAGCAGCAAUGGACACAGCAGCAGCAGCAACAGCAGCAGCGGAAACAGCAGCGAUAGCAGCAAAUGCUGGUGUUGUGGAGAUGCAUGCACUCAUGACUGUUGCAAUACAAGUUCCAACGGCGACUACAGCAGCAGCAGCAGCAGCAGCAGCAGCUGUAACAGCAACAGCAGCACGAGUGAAGGGGGUGAUGGUGGCACUCCCGAAGGAAUUGCCUGCAGAGAGGCGGAGGGUUUAUUUUUUUCUUCGUUGAUUGCUGGAGAAGAAUUAACGCCAAACCCUUUUCUUCAGCUAUCCGAUGCCGCGGCCGACCUCCUCUGGGGUAUGGUGACUGCAAACCCUUGCAAAAGGCUGCGGUUGUCGCAGAUGCUGACUCCUUCCCCCUUCGGGCAGCAGCCCGUUUCUCCGUUUCAGCCGCAGCCGCAGCAGCAGCAGCAGCCAUUUGUGUGGGGUGGUGCUGCUGCUGCUCCUGCUGCAGCAGCAAACCCCUUUGGAGGGGGUUUCGGCAGCAGCAACAGCAGCAGCAGCGGCUUCGGCAAUGCAACCCUCAAUCCCUUUGGUCAAUCUGCUGCUGCUGCACCUUUCUGUCCUGCCCCUGCAUCAACAGCAGCAGCAGCAGCACCAGCAGCAGCAGCACCAGCAGAUGGAUCCACUCCUAUGGCAGUACAGAAGGAAACAAAGGGAGAAAAAUAUACAGAAGGAAAAAUUUAUGUUGAGGCAUGGAAGCACCUCCAAACCGCGAAGAAAAGCGGAUGUUGGCCAUUUACCAGCACAAGUGCUGGCCCAUCCUCGUCGCCAGUGUUUAAGGGUUUAGAGAUUUCUAAUGACGAAUUGCGUUGGGAGUUUUACCAACGAAAUGAGCAGCAGCAGCAGCAGCUGAUGCAGCAGCUCAGGGCUGACGCAGCUGCAACACCGCUGCCCGCAGCAGUUUACCCGCGCCACAGCAAAACCCUAAAUAAAUAA